GGAAAAUAGUUUGUUUCUUUAGUGAAAAAAGAGAAACUCUUGCUCAAAAAGUUUUCUUCAGUCCUACCCACACGUGGAACGAAGAGAAACCGGAAAUCAACUUACAAGCAGACCAGAAGUUAAAAUCCACCAAUCAGAAAGCGAAUCUGAAGAUUUAUGACCUCCAGGGCCAAUAGACGCUAUCCUUGCUAGCAGAAAGCUCGGCGUUACCAAGCAACUGGCGACGCAACGGAUAUAAGAACUUGUAGAUACACAAAACAGAAAUUCCAUAGCACACUUUCGCUAGGACAAACCAGCCUCUUUUUUGAGAUAACUCUCUUUACUUCAAACUUUUUAAACUUUUACCAAAAUCCUGAGAGAGGUUUGAAAAGACGAAAUGACACAGGCAUUUGUGGAGACCGCCAAAUAUCUAUCUUCAUCUUCGUUCGAUCCACCGGCGUAUCUACGACCGACCGGGGGUCCAUACGAGACGACCUACACUGCUUCUUUCCAAGGGAUCCGUCCACACACGACUCCGUAUUCCAUUCGACCCAUGACUAUGUCCAUGUCGCGAUCCUACGAGUUCCCUUCCAAGAUACUGAACGGGUCCUCGUCUGGUCUUGAGCAUUUGCCAUACACCGCAGUCAGCUCGCGAGCCAUCCACAAGUACAGUCCUCAACAAUGGCGCUCCUCGAAUAUGCUGAAUGUAUCCUCAGGCGAGAAGGAGCGCGCUACGGCAGAGAGGUUGAGGGACGAAUGCUCGAGACUCAGAACAGAGACUUCGCUUCUCACUCACAGGACACAAAUGGACGUCAACAAGAAACUGGAUCACCGUCUCCAUGAUAUCAACUACUGGAAAGCAGAACUUGAGAAACAACACAGCGAAACAGUAGCUGAGAUUAAGGCCUUGCAAGCAUUUAUUGGACGCCUCGAAAAGGCACUAGCGGCCACUGAAAAGCCGCUAAAUAUCUCACAACAGUGCCUUGGCUAUCGCGAGCGACGCGUGAAAAUUGACUUGGUUCACGACAAUGUUGAGACGCAUCUGAGUAAGGAGGUUGAAAUGAUCGAGAAUGUACAAGCUCUACUCAAGAAAACAAUGGACCAGGCCCAUGAGCAAUUAUGGCUCCUGCGCAGCGCGAAGACCCAGCUUGAGAAAGACUUGGGCGAUAAAUAUGGUGCCUUGGGGAUUGACGGGAAGUGCUCCACCCUGAACAACCACUCCAAGGACAUCCACUUCGCGCCACACGCCGUCACUAUUCAGCAGCACUCCUUCACGCCAGACGAAUGGGAGGCGUACUCUUCUGAGAACAUCGCCAAGGCGGAGCGCGAAAGAAAGGCCUCCGUCGCUCUAAGAAGUGAAAUCAAUGGUAUCCUGAUGCAGACAUACGUGGAUCUGAGGAAUAUCUACGAGACCGUCAACAAUGAGUUCCACAAGAGGAUCGAGGACACAGUCGGUGCCAAGAAGUCCCUCGAGAAGGAACUGAGCAGGGUUAUGGACGAGCUUGCCUCCAUGGAUAACAACAUCCGUACACUCACACAAGCCAUUGCCGACAAGGAGGCCCCACUUAAGGUGGCGCACACCAGAUUGGACAAGCGAUCCAUUCGUCCAAACGUAGAGCUUUGCAGAGACCCUGUGCAGUACCGUCUGGUCGGCGAGGUGGGUGAAAUCAACACCAGCAUUGACCGCCUCAGAAUGAGGCUGGCUGAGGCCCAGGCCUCCAUGCAAGCGUUGCUACGCAACAAGGAGAACCUUGAAGACGACAUUGAGGUGAAGACCAACAGUUUGUUCAUCGAUCGCGACCAGUGCAUGGUAGUAAGGCAACAGGUGAAGCACAUCUCUCAUUGAGCAACUGUCAAUCAAUGUCAAGGUGACAGCUGUCCAUCAGUGGGUCAGGUUGAUGGUUGUCAUGGAAAUAGACCGGCACCUUCACUUAUUGAUACACUUUCACUCGCCUUAAAAUUGCAGAAUUACAAAUUAUUUUAAAGGCGUUUGUUUUUUUUGUUGAUAUUCACUUGCAAUUUUGACACGCAAAUGUAAAUUCCGAAAUCAAAGGCAUGUUGUACUAUGAAUUUUACUAAAUAAGUCGCGAUUGUAAAGGACACACCAGGAAUAAAUGCGCAUAAGCGUGCCCAUUUUGUUUUGUUUCAUUCCAGACAUGGUAAUGAUACAGUUGGAAAGAGUUGUAAAUAUCGUUUUAAAGUCUUAAAGUUUUAGAAAACAAAUAUAGGUCGCAUGUCUUUUCCUCGAGAUUGUUAAUACUUCUUCUCACAAGAAACAAAAAGUUUGAAGCUCGAGUAAUACCACUGUACCAAAUUACUCUGGGCGCACGUCGGCGGCCUCGAUUCGAGACAAGAACGAGGAUUUUUUAGGUCUUAAUCGCGUGAACUAACAUGACUGCAACUGCUUACGUUUCUCUCGGUAGAUUUCCUCGAGUCUUGCUCAGGUCGUGGCCGUUAUGUUUCGGCGCUGUCUAGUGGUCGGGCCUUAUACUUUCAGCGUGUUAACAUUGCGGAUGAUAUAAUAUAUGGUGGCGGACAAAAGGUUAUUAGAUCUAUACAAUCAUAUAUUAACAGAGAAGAAACAAGUUUUGCAAAGGUUAUUUUAUUAAGAUAUGACCAGGUUGAAAGAUUUCACUGUAAUAACUAUAGAGAAGACCUGCAAACAGCGUUAUGCAUCCGAGAAGGAAAAAACUUAUACCAAUUAGAGGGAUAUUCCACCAAUUUAACUAAAAAUAUAAAGAUAUGAAUUAUUAACUGUUUAUUGGAAAUUGAGUGUUAUUUAAAAUUGUGUCAUUACAUCAUUCGGUAGAAACGGUAGAAAGUAAAUCCCAGAAAAUACAUAGUUAGCGAGAGUUUGUAGGUUAAAUACAACGACUAACUGUGUGUUCUUUGCUUGUGUCCCCUUGUUGUAGCAUAAACUACACCAAACAUUUCCGUUUUGCAAGAAAAUUGAAAAUAAAGCACUGUGGAUGUGGAGA